GGAGAACAGAAAAAAAAAUUCCUUUUUGUUUCGUUUUUAUUAAAAUUUAGAUAGCUUGAAAGUACAUAAUAUUAAUGUUGCACCAUGGCUAGCGAUAAUGCCGAGCCAUUGACGCCACGUCGCUGUGUCAUUUGCGGGAUUGAACCUCCCGAAUUGGAUGCCAAUGGCAAGAGUGCCUAUCAUUAUCCAAAGACCAUGGAUGAGGCACGCAUCUGGCAACGUAGCAUGGCCGCCAACAAUGUGUGUCUGGAGAGUAUACGGGACCAGUGUUGCGUUUGCAUUGAGCAUAUACCAGAAUUUGUGGCACGUGCCCACAAGCAGUGCGCCAAGUUCAAGGCCAAUGAGGAGGCCGAUGCAGAGCUCCGUGCGAAGCUGCAAAGCGAUGCCGAAGUCGAUUUGUGCCAGUGUCCUGAUGAGGGCAUGGACUUAAAUCGGCCAUCCGUCAAUGUUUUGCUACUUCCGGGUGCCACGUUGCCAUCGUAUUUUGGCAAAGCUUUUGCCAAGAAUUGUGAUGGCGAUAACAACAACAAUGCCAAUGCCAAUGGCAAUGAGGGCGACGGUGGCGAUGAACAAUCGUGGAAGGGCAAUCAAGAUGGUGUGGAUAAAAGAGAUUCAGAAUCGGAUACCGAAAUUUUUGUACUCGAAUCGGAUUUUAAAGACAAUGGCGCCACAUUUCCCGAUAUCGAUGAGACAGAGGUGACUGUUUUGCGUACACCGACCCAAGAAGAUCAUGAACUCAAUCUGUUGGCAGAAGAAUGCGAAGAGGAGGAACAAUCAUGUCUAGGUCGUAGGGAUAUGUGUUUGACUGGGUGCACGGAUGUUUUACUACUUGGACGUGGCCUACAUUCGACCGACGUGUGCCCUUGCGAGUGCGAUCAGUGCACAAAGAAACCGACGGCGGCUCUCGACGACGAUAAAAUGUGUUGUAAUCCGCCAUGUUGUCCGGAUCCAGCGCCACCGGAAUACUUUGAUCAACCACCCUGUGGUUGUGAGUGCGAGCAACAGGUGCGCCGAGAGCUCGGUCGGGUUAUCAAGAAGCAAAAGAAUCGCAUACGCGAGCUCGAAGAGUUGCUCUGCCGUCAGCACAAGUUGCAUCAUUGUUUGCAGACGAAGGUCGAUGAGUUGUAUUGUGAGUUUGGACGCGUCGAUGAGGAUGAUAGGACCCGUUUACGGUGUUGCGCCAAUCGCGAUCCACCCAAUUGUGCAGAGGUACAGAGGCCUAAAGAGACACCAGUGCCGGUGCCAGAAGCAACCAAAAAGGAGCGAUCGAAAGCACAGAAGAAACGAAGGACUGCUCCAAAGAUUCGAGACCCCGAAUCGGAUGCCAUUGAAGAAGAGCAUAAUUUGCCAAACCGUGUCCAUUUGUAUUCAACGAAAAAUCCCGAUUUCAAGAAUACCGAUCGCACACGUCAUCCCGCAUGGGUAACAACUGUGGAGAGUUCAGAUAGCAUUGAUUCAACAAAUACGGAACGCAAACGAAGGCAAAUUCCGGAAGAAACCAAUCCGCCAGCACGAAUAACAUUGCCAUCGGAAAAUAUUCGAGAUGCGCGUCAUCAUCAUCAAUUCGAACGAAACGUAACUCAUGAAAAAACUCAGAAACUUUCAGAUACUAAAAACUGAAUAAAAUUUUUCCGUAUACACCAAA